GUUUAUUCGUAAUCUUCAAGCGGUUCUACUCACAGCACUUGUCGCCCUCCAUGCUACAGCAGCGCAGGAUGCGAAGGCCGAUGCCAAAGCGAAGAUGGCAAGUUUGCAGGACUCGGCCUCGAAGAUUGUACAUGCGAACGCCGCGAAGGGAGCGACAGGGUGCACCAGCCAAAACAUGAUAAUUCGCAAAGAAUGGGGCGACAUGAGUCGAGCUGAAAGGCUCGACUACAUUCGAGCAGUCAAAUGCCUGAAAACGAAGCCGGCAAAGACGGAUCCAAAAUAUGCUCCAGGUUGCAAGAACCGAUAUGAUGACUUCGUCGUCGCACAUAUCAUGAACACUUUUACUGUUCACUUUUCACCCUGGCUGCUGCCUUUUCAUCGGGUGUUUUUGUGGGAGUUUGAGAAGGCGCUGCGGAACGAGUGUGGUUACACAGGAGGGCAGCCGUAUUGGGACUGGUCCAGAUAUAUCGGUCAGCCGAUAGAGACAUGGCCAAUGUUCGAUGGAUCAGACACCUCGAUUGGAGGAAAUGGGCACGUCACAUCUGGUAGUCAAGGGUGCAGCUGCGUGACUGAGGGUCCUUUCAAAGAUUGGGUCGUAAAUCUAGGACCAGUCGGCGAGGGUGUAGCUUGCAAGAGAAAUCCACAGGAUAAUGGUCUUGGAUACAAUCCGCGCUGCCUGGAACGACAAUUCGAUUCAUCAUACUUGGCUAACCUCACGUACGAAAAGGUCCUUGCGCAAGUACACGACUACAACGAUAUCAACAACUUCGGCCUUGCGAUUGAAGCUUGGCCAACGGGAGUACAUCCGAUCCCUCACAUGCUUAUGGGAGGACUUCAAGCCGAUAUUCCUGCUUCUCCCGGCGACUGCUGGUUCUGGAUGCACCACAACAACCUCGAUCGCUUCUGGCUAUAUUGGGCGAGUCUAGACUGGAACAAGCGAUGGAAUGCGCUGGGUAAUUCUGACGCGUACACCGCAUCGAGACAGGCGAACAGAUGGCCAGUUGCGAAACAAGUCUCAAUGGACAGCAGGAUAGUCCUCAGUCCUGCAUUUCCAGAGUACAGAGUGGGAGACACAUUCGACCCAGCAGGCGGGCCAUUCUGCUACAAUUACCAGUAGUAAGGAUUAAUCGCAUCUUGUUUUGUACAUAUUGAAAGUUCUGCAUCGCUCUAGUCACGCACCUUGGAGCGACGAUAUAGACCAAAGGACAUUUCAGGCGUUCAGCCAUACC